UUCUCAUUUGGGUUGGUUGAAUUCGGGCAGUCAAACGGUUUCAGUUUGAAAUUUAACAGAUUACCUACGAGUAUGAAAACUCAUUCCCCGUUACAACCAAACAACACCUUAUUUUUGUCCGUACAAAUACCAGAAUCAUAUGAAGUGAAAGCCAAAAACAAUACUCAACUACCAAACUCUUUCCAUCUAGUGCUGGUAGGACAUUAACAUAAUUUUCUCAUGUCAAAAAAAAAAAAAAAAAAAAAAACAUAAUUUCCACGAGGAUGACGCCUACAAUGAAGUCAUACGGGGCUCACGGGCUAAAGAACCUGUAACCUUUGUAACGUCAUUUUCUUAUCUUACAUUCUCUCUCAUCAAUUCUUGUCUCCAAGCAAUUCUUUCUAUUAGUACUCGCAUUAUACAAUUCUCUUCAAUUAAUUUUAUCUUAAUUCUAUCAAAAAAUUCAGAAAUUAGAAUUAAAAAUGGAGGGGAAUUUGCAACAUUUUGAGUUAAAUACAGGAGCCAAAAUUCCAUCAAUUGGGCUAGGUACCUAUGCAACUCCUCCACAAAUUGUUGGUGCUGCUGUUAAGUUGGGUUACCGACACAUCGAUUGCGCACAUAUCUAUGGAAAUGAGAAGGAGAUCGGAGUUGUUUUAAAGGAGUUGUUUGAAGAUGGGAUAGUGAAGCGAGAGGAGUUAUUUAUCACCUCCAAACUAUGGAACUUUGAUCAUGAACCAGAAGAUGUUCCAGAGGCGCUAAAUAGGACUUUGAAUGACCUUCAACUUGAAUACUUGGACCUAUAUCUUAUCCACUGGCCAGUAAAGGAGAAAAAAGGAUUAUCUGGUAACAAUCCUGAGAGAUACGUUCCAGCAGACAUACCUAGUACAUGGAAAGCAAUGGAGGCGCUUUAUGAUUCAGGUAGGGUUCGAGCCAUUGGAGUUAGCAAUUUCUCUAUAAAGAAACUAGACAACCUUCUUGAAGCUGCCCGAGUUACUCCUGCUGUAAACCAAGUUGAAUGUCAUCCUAUGUGGCCACAAGAGAAGCUGCAUGAAUUUUGCAAAACAAAGAGCAUUCAUCUAUCUGGAUAUUCACCACUGGGUUCUCAAGGUGCUGGUGCAAAAAAUAGAUCGAUUCUUGCCGAUCCUAUUCUCACUACGAUUGCAAAGGAACUAGGAAAAUCUCCUGCACAAGUAGCUCUUCGUUGGGGGCUUCAGAAGGGCCAUAGUGUACUGCCUAAAACCUCAAAUGAAGCAAGAUUGAAGGAGAAUUUGGAUGUUUUUGAUUGGUCAAUUCCUGAAAAUUUACUCUGCAAACUUUCUGAGAUUAAGCAGGAAAAAUUUGUUAAAGGCGUGGAGAUGGUACAUGAGACAUUUGCUGGCUACAAGAGUGUUGAAGAACUAUGGGAUGAGCAAGUCUGAGCAUCAACUCAUAUAAGUUCAUUAAGUAUUUUAUUCCACUAGGUGGUUAAUCAGUCUGCAGUUUUUGCCUCAAGAGAUGAUUCAUGUUUAAAGAUCGACUUCUUGUAUGUACAUUAAGGUCAUAAGUUUGUACAAGUCCCAAAUUCUCAAAUUUUUUGCUUUUUAGUUGCAACACUAAGCAAAUGGCCUGGAUUGUACUGUGAGAAUCCUAUAGUGCAGGCUAUAGAAAAGGCAAUUAUGUGUGGAUUUGGCUCAGGUUGUUCUAAUGUUAAGGUAUGUCAUUGGUUUGAACAACUAGCAACCCGAUAUUGCUAGGUAAAAAAAUAUUUUUUUAACUUAACCAAGUUAUUUUAUUUAUUAUUUUUCAUUGGAUUUUACUCUGAUCUUAUAUCUAGUAGUGAAGGUUAUGAUUCUUA